AUGUGGAUCUGGGGAUCAGGUUCUGGCAAGGGCGGAGGGGAAGGGGGAGAAGGAGCAAAAUCUGGAGACAAAGUGGAAGGAGGAGACAAGAAGACCAAGGAAGAUCACUUCAGGCUGGUGCUGAGAGACCAUGCUGACCGAGGCCUCAACUUCACUUGGCGCACAAGCGACCUCGAGAACGCCAGGAAGUCGCUGCAUGCCAAACUUGCAAGCCUGGUGACCUGCCCUCCGGAAGCAUCGAGUCCCCUCGGGGCGGAUAGCAGUGAGCGAAGAAAUGCAGACAGCCCGAGCAUGGAGCUUCGGGGUCAAGAGGAGCGGAGGGUUCCAGUGGAGGCCUAUCAGAGUGAGGCAGAUCUCCUCAGCAACGUGGUGAUGGUCAAGAUAGAGAAAGUUGCAACGAGCGACAAGAGUCGUGUGAUCAAGUCGCUGCCUCUUGACACCGCGAGCUUUGACAGCAUCACCAGUUUGCGGGUUCUGGGAGCUGAGGUCGACCUGGAGAGCAACGUGAAGCCCUUGGUGCGGAGCUCGCUGCAGGUUCUCGGCCUCUCGGGGCAGAAGGCUGCCAACGACAAGCUGCUUGACUUCAUUCAGCCCGCACUCUCUCCUUCCCUCACCUCCCUCUCCCUCCGGAGGAAUCAGCUCAAGUCCUUCCCCGCCUCCUCCUUCAGCUGCCUGGCGAACCUGCGCGAGCUGGACCUGAGCGACAACUUUCUGCUGGACAUCUCCCCCUCCCUCUUCGUCCAGUGCCCCCGGCUGGAGUCGCUGAACCUGCAGAACAACCCGCGGCUGACGGUGAGGGAGCUCGACUUCCGCGCAUGCAAGCUGCGGACGCUGCUGCUGGGGCUGAUCCAGCUGGACUACCUGCCGAGCCUGGCGCACCUCUCGACCCUGACGGAGCUCUCGCUGUUCUCGCUCUACAUCAAGGCCAGGGCGCCGAGGCGGGACCCCCGUCGCUUCUUCGAGGCUCUUGCGGUGCACGUGGAGCUGCUCAAGGCAGGAUCGAGUGCCAUCAAGCUCUUCCCCUCUAGCAAGGAGGCUCGGACCGAGCUGCGCUCCUCCCUCGUCCCCGUCCUGCGCUCCUCCUCCUCCUGGCAUGCUCUGCUAGGGGCGCUGCUGGCCUGCAUUGCAAACGAGAAGAUGUACCGGGCCCUCAUCUCCUCCGACAUCGCCGGCACCUCCGGCCUGCAUCACCUGCUGGCCAUGUGCGAGGGCUCGGAGCCGCUGGCCCUGGACGCGUGUGUAGCCGUGAGCAAGCUGUGCGACCAUGAGGAGCAGGCGAUGGAGCUGCUGGAGCUCCAGAUCGUCGAGCGAUUCUGUGAGGUGCUGUCCUCCGAGCACAACUCCGUCGCCCUCAAGCUGUUCGUCCUCCUCACCCUCCGGUCCAUGGCAGGAUGCAGCCAGCAGGUGUGCGGGGCGAUGCUGGCGGACAGCAGAGAGACGAGCAGGAGGCUGCGGUACGAGCACUACGACAUGGGGAUCAGCUUGCGGUACGACAUCGUGUCUCAGACGCUACUCAAGAUGCUCAAGGGGAACGAGGCCGAUCGAUCCCUUGAGCGCGAGGCCCUCGGCCUGCUGGGCGACCUCGCGUUCCACUCCUCCCACCGCCGGCUCCUGCUGGGCGACGCGCGGAUGCUCGCGACCGUUCGAUCCCUGACGGAGACGGUGAAGGACAAGGUGUAUCAGUCUCCUUGCAAGGAGAGAGGAGGAAAGGUGAUCCUCCCCUCCUCCUCCUCCUCCUCCUCCUCCCCUCGUGGGCUGCUCAAGGACUCGUUCGCUUCUUCCCCGUCCAAGGACUUGGGUGACGCCGACGGCGUGCGGUUCUACGAGGAAGCGCCGAGCUCUGUGCUCAGCCCGAGAAUCUUCAGCCCGAUCCCAGCAGAGAAGGAGAAGCACCGGACGCUCUUGCACGGGGAGGGGAUGAGAAUGGAGGCGCCCAGCGAGGAGGCGGUCCUAGCGGCAGCUCUGCGAGUGCUGGCGAUCCUGGGAGACAACCAGACGCUGAGCAGAGCGACGAGGCUGUCUCCCAUCGUCGAGCACCGCGGGCUGCGGAUCCUCUCGGUUGACGGAGGAGGAGUGAAGGGGAUCGCAAGCAUCCGCAUCCUCCAGCGCCUCGAGCGAGCAUGCGGGCAGCCGCUGUACUCGCUCUUCGACCUGGUGGCUGGCACGAGCGCCGGGGGGAUUAUCGCAUCUGCCAUGGGCAACAAGCUCAACAUGACGGAAGCUGAGAAGAUCUACCGCGCCAUCACUCGCAAGGCCUUCUCCCUCCCCCGCGACAAGGACAAGCUCAACAACUCCCAGGGAGCGCAGCCUGCGGGAGCAGGAGGAGCAGGAGGACCAGCGGCAGCAGCUGGGGCAGGAGGGGCAGGAGGGAUCCAGAAUGUGCUGGUGAGGGAGGAGCUGCUGAAGGAAGAGCUGCAGGGAGGGGAGGGGAGCACGUCGUGGUGGACGAAGCUCGUUCAGAGCGGGUCGAGCAUGAGGAGGGUGCUGUUCCAGGGGGCCAAGUACGACGCGGGGCCGCUGAUGCAGGUGCUGCAAUCUCAGUUCGGGGAGGCAGUAAGCCGCAGGAUGAUUGAGGCGAGUCUGGACCCGCACGCGUGCAAGACAGCAGUAGUGUCCACCCUCGUGUCCGAGCGGCCGAUCCGGCCGUACGUGUUCCGCUCCUACCAGCUGCCGCCGGGGAUGAAGGAGAGCUUUCCCGGUCGGUCGAGCUCGACGUGGCUGGAGGCGAUGAGAGCGUCGUCGGCUGCCCCCUACUUCUUCGACGAGUUUGUGUCCGACGGGGAGAGGCUGCAGGAUGGCGCGAUCGUGACCAACAACCCGGCGGUGGUGGCGGUACACGAGGCGCAGCGACUGUGGCCGGGGAGAGCGAUGGAGCUGAUGGUGUCGGUGGGGACGGGGAAGGGGCCGCCGGUGAGGAGGGAGGUGAAGCCCAGCAGCAGCGGGAUCGGGAUGAUGAUGGAGACGUUCGGAGAGCUCAUGGUUGAGGCGGCGACGAGCUCGGAGAGGGUGGCAGAGGCGUUCGAGGUUCUCUCCCCCAUGAUCCCCGGCAUGUCGAUCUUCCGGCUGCAGGUGGAGGACGAGCGAUGCAACGUGGAGAUCGACGACAUCAAGCAGGAGACGCUGAUGGGGAUCGAGCAGGCGGCUGAAGAGUUCAUGGAGGACAACAUCGCUACCAUGGAGGAGAUAGCCUGCAUCCUCCGCUCCUGCGCUCCUUCCAUGGCUGGCCAUCAUCAGGAGGACGAGGACGAGGACGAGGACGAGAAGGAGGAAGGGGGAGGAGGAGGGAGAAAGAGGAAGGGGCCUUCGCCUAUCAAUGACUCCUCCUUCAUGCUGCGGGAGGUUCUGAACGAGCGGCCGCUGGGCAAGCAUGGGAUAGGAUCGAAGCUGCGGGCUCUCUUCUUAGAGUCGCUGCUGCCAUGCGAGGAGGGGCAGGGACGGGACAUGGUUGAGAUGUUUGCCAGGAUGGAGGUCCCCUCCCAGCUCCUGUCCUUCCAUGAGGGGGUCCUCACCAGGACCUGCAAGGCCGUCUCCUCCUCCUCCUCUGACUUGAGCGUCAGCGGCGAGCAGGAGCUCGAUAUCUCCUUCCUCCUCCGCGUCCUCCACCGCUCCACCGCCAACGUCGUUCAGAUCGAAUGCGACACCCUAAAGUCCGGCGGAGAUCUCAUCCUGUCCUGGUGCUCGGAGCAGGUUCUUCUGUCCAUCGAGGACGCCAUGUCCAUCCUGCACUCCAGCUCCUCCCAUGCCGACCAGGCCAUCUCGCUCAUGGCAGAGGGGAGGGAAGAGGAGGAUGAAGAGGAGGAGGUGGACAACGGAGGGGAGGGAGGUGGAGAGGGUGUCCCAGCAGUGGAAGUGAGAGGGUGCGAGGUGGAAGAAGCGAACGGGAUUUACCUGCAGACGCCAGAGGAGCACGGGAGGAGGAGAAUCUACCGGCACACCUCCGGGCUCUUCCUCCUCCUCUUCCACGAGCAGGCGGACAGAAGGCUGAGGGGAAACGUGUGGAUGGUCAAACCCUGCGAGGCAGGAGAGAAGUACCUUGGCUGUCUCCGCUCCUCCCCCUCCCGCUCCUCCUUCUCCCCCCACCAGCCGCGAGCAUGGCAGAGCUUCAACGGCCUGCGGUUUGUGGACGACACGGGGGGGAGGGUGAGGGUGAGUGCGAUUGAGUAUGAAGAUGCGGUGGAUGCGAGUCACGAAGAAGAAGCGACGGGAGAGGAGGAAGACAACAAGGAGGAGGACAAGGAGCAGGGAGAGGAGGAGGAGGGGAAGGAGGAGGGAACAAAGGGGGCAGUUGAAAUGGACGACAUAAGGGCUCAGGCAGCACAACAAGGAGAGACGGAGGAGGAUCAGGAGGGUCUAAAGGGGACAGAAACGGAGCAGCAGCAGCAGCAGCAGCAGCAUGUCUGCACAAGUGAUGAUGAAGGUAUUGCUCGCUUGCUCCUUUCGCCUGCUGAUAUGCUGAAUGACUUCCCAGCUCCUCGACCCGUUGGUAGAGAAGAGCAGGAGCAGGAGCAGGAGCAGGAGAAGAAAGAGGAGGCGCAGGGAGAGAGAGAGGUUGCUGAGGAGGUAACGGAGGAGGAACAGGCAGUGGAGGAGGUGGGCAGAGAAAGGAUGCCAACGGUUUGUGCGGGUGGCGAUGGAGAGGGAGCUGUAUUUGACAUGCAGAAAGAGCAGCAAGAGCGUGAAAGAAAAGAGGAGGAGAGGCGGGAGGAAGACAGGGAGGAGGAGGAGGACGACGACGACGAUUGGGAGGAAGACAGGAAGGAGGGGAAGGAGGAGGAAGAGGAGGAAGACAGGACAGUAGACGAGGAAGAGGAGGAGCGAGGGGUUCAGCAGAAGUUGGAGGAAAGUUGUUUUCCUUCUCUCGCUGGGACUCGCGGGUGCUCGCGUGAGGUUGACCUGACGGACGUGAAGAAGCUGAUCGAGGUGUUGGAGGCGAACAGGUGA